AUUGUGCUUUGAAAAAUGGUGGUCAAUAUUUUGCUUGCGGCAGUACUUUGCGGUAGCUUGGUAGAAAGUAGCUACAUCACAUCCUGCAAAGCUGGUGAUCACGCCUGUGUGGUGACCAGCGCCAAUGAGGUAUACCAGAAGCUGAUGGUGGGCGUCCCAGAACUGGGCAUCGACCCGCAAGAACCUGUCUUCCAUCCCAUCAUAGAAGGAGACUUGUCUAUACUUAAUUAUAAGUUCCUUAAUGGCACUUUCGUUGGGCUAGAUAAGUGUAAGAUGUUGGAUGUUCAGUUCGACGAAUCCACUCUCAAGGUGCAUCUAGAGAUGACCUGUCCGAAGAUCGUGAUGACAGCCAACUACGAGAUCAGCGGUCGACUGAUCGUGCUGCCGAUUGAGGGGGAGGGGGAGUGCUCCGUGGUUACAGGCAGGUAUGACCUAUCAGCGGACCUGGAUGUGAAGAUCAGCGAAUCCAAUGGCAAAAGGCACAUGGCCAUCAAGACUUUUAAACUCAAACCAAACGCCAUGGAACCCAUCGUCUUUGACUUUAAGAACUUAUUCAACGGACAAAAGGACUUAUCGGACACAGUCCACAAAUUCGCCAACGCCAACUGGAAAGAGGUAGCUGAGUUUGUCCAGGGGCCGGUCUGGUAUACCCAUGGCAGGAAACUGGUGAACGCAGCCAAUAAGUUUCUGAAGAAUGUGGGGAUGGAUGAGAUAACUGUGUAGUGGAGGUUGGGGGUUGGGUGUGGGAGUUGGGAGAGGAGAGUUGUGGGAGUUGGGAUAAUGACGGGAAUAAACAGUUUGUAGUUAA